CUUUGAAGUUGCAGUUUGCACCCUUGGCAAGUGAAGCGAGUUUUCACGGUGCUUAUGAAUGGUGCUGGUGGCGUCCAGAAUCUUCCUGCACGCUCCAGAUGUAAACCAAUAAAUGCUGCACCUGUCAGAAGCUUUCUUCUUCCUUUAUUGAUGCCAAGGGCUGUAACAGUGAAAACUCGACGCUACUUAUGAAGGAUCAUCAGUGAAACAAAGACGUUUGCAUACGAGCCACCACCCACUGCGUCUUCAUCUGCAUUAGACUGUGAGUAGAAGACCCUCUAAUGACUCAGUAUCAUCCAGAUCCCAUCUCAUAGACUGAUCUCAUGGACCUGUACUGGAGCAGGUGGAUUUAUUGGUGGUAUGAAAGCCACAUCCUUGGGCAAUAGCAAUAUCAAGAACUGAUACUUCAGUAAACCAGUGAAGAAUUUAUUGUAUCUCUGUGAUAUAAAUGCUUACUGCUGUAAGGUCCAAAAGUCAAGCUGAAAUUGAUGCAUUGUCCUGAAAUCCCCACUGUUGAACUGCUGUGAUUAUUUAAGGGAUAAAUUAUCUUGACUUAAGAGUAUUAGCAGUACAUUUGGUUAUAACAUUCCGUCACGUGGCGUGUGUUCCUAGCUAAUUUUGAUAAGUUUACAAGUGUAGAUUUCUAAUUUUGUGUGCUUGAUAUUAAGUUUAAGCCAACACUUGUUCAAAGUGAGUUCAGAAAUACACUUGAAAGGCAAAGACGCACCAGAUAGACAAAAUGUUAUCACCUGCUGAAGAAACAGACAAUCCCACAGAGAUGCAACAGGCACGAUCCAGUUCCAGAGAGCGAAACUUAACAGAAAAGGGCCAGGAAAUGCAUGAACAAACAACAAAGAAAAAUGAAAAGACCUUUAAUAAGGCUUAUGACUCCUGGAAGGGGCAAGCAAAGGAAAUUAGAACAAAACUAAAGACCCUUUGUUCAGCUGAAGACCUUCAAACAAAACUGAAGGAUAUUAAAGCCCAAGAAGCGUCAGUGCAUCAACAUUAUGAGCCUUUUCGUCGGUGUCACGCCGCUACUCCAGUUAUUGUUAACAGAAUGGAUGCGUGUGUUGAUCUAACAGCUGAAAUAUGCGACCUCAUUAAUAAACGUUUAGAGGAAAUCGACAAGACCUUUAAUAACCAACUCGAGAAAGAAAGAGUAAGGAUGAGACUAAGUAAAAAAGACCAUGGCUCCAUCUUUGGAAACACAGAAACAGAAACCAUUCUUUCAGAGUCAUCACAAGACUCUGAUUCUAGCUCAAGAGCCACUUCUAGAUCCUCCAGCAAACGCGCAGAGGCAGAAGCUGACCUUGCAGCCAAGGUAGAGCAGGCAAAGGCAAUGCAACAGAUACGUGAACAACAAGCAAGGCUAAGCAAACUGGAGAGUGAAUUAAAACUAAAAGAGGCACAGAUGCAAGCAGAAAUGAAACUGAAGUUGGAGGAGGAGAAAACAAAGUUGCAACAACUACAAGCAGAAAAUGAGGUAAAGGUAGCAGCAGCACGAGUGAGAGUCUACAAUGCCUAUGAUGGUAUUGAAAACAAUGAUCUAGAAAUGAACCACCAAGUGCAAGGUCUCUAUCUAAAUAGUGAUAAUCAACCCUCAUUAAAUCCACAAGCUGCACCUUUUCGACCUCCAAAUGUGCCCAAUGAGGUGUCGAGACACCAGGAAACAGCUAGCCUAACUCCAGCGCUGGCAAGCCUGCUAAUCUCCAACCGUCUGCCUGCACCUGAACCAACUGUAUUUACAGGCGACCCCCUAAAGUUUAUAGAUUGGAAGAUAUCUUUUAUGGCACUUAUUGAUCAGAAACUACUCCCUGUGUGUGAAAAAAUGUUGUACUUAAAGAGUUAUCUUGGAGGGGAAGCACGUAAGGCAGUGGAAGGUUUCUUCUACAGAAAUUCAGAGGAUGCUUAUCAGGGUGCCUGGGAAAUCCUACAGGAAAGGUAUGGAGGUUCAUUCGUUGUUCAAAGAGCCUUCAGAGAAAAGUUGAUGAAAUGGCCAAAGAUCUCAACAAACGACUCUAUAGCGCUGAGAGAGUUUGCAGACUUCCUCCAAGGUUGUGUCGAGGCCAUUCCUCAUGUUAAAGGUCUAGCCAUUUUAAAUGAUUGUGAGGAAAACCAUAAGCUUCUCAAGAAACUGCCAGAAUGGGUUGUGCGCAGAUGGAGUCGUAUCGUGGUGGAUGAAUUGGAUAGGUCACAAGAAUAUCCAUCGUUUGCUUGCUUCACAGACUUCCUGCAAAAGGAAGCCAGAAUAGCCUGCAACCCUAUCGCCUCCCCUCUGAUGCUGAACACCAAACCCACUGAUGAGAAGUUUCCUAAGAGAGCCAAGGUGUUUAACACGAGCACUCAAAUGAAGCCAUCUGCUCCAAGCACAGCAAAGACACCAGCCUUGGGACCAAGGCCACCUUGCUUGGUGUGCAAAGAUAAAACACAUGGCGUUGUUAAAUGUCCAACCUUUGCGGGAAAGAGUGUCGAUGAAAAGAAGGCUUUCAUUCAUGAGAACCACCUUUGCUUUGGGUGUUUAAGAAAGGGCCACACCACCAAGAACUGCAGGGGGAGACAUACAUGUAGCAUAUGUAGUAGACGUCACCCAACCUGUUUGCACAUACAGAGAAACGCUGAACCUGUAAAAACACCAAGUGCCGAUUCAGAAGCUUCGGGAAAUAAGGCAGAUAGUGAAAUUCCCAGAGUUAUGUCCCACACACUGACAAGACACACUUCUGCUACAUCGUGUAUUGUCCCAGUCCUGCUGUCAGCUGCAGCUGAGCCCCAAGGAGAAAUCCUCACUUACGCUCUACUUGACACCCAGAGUGAUUCCACUUUCAUUCUAGCAGAUCUAGUGUCUCAGCUUAAUGUGAACACUCAACCACUCCAACUAAAGCUCAGCACAAUGGCAGCUGUUGACACAGUCAUUGCAAGUGAAGUUGCUCGUGGUCUGCAAGUACGUGGAUUCAGCUCUGGGACUCAAAUACAACUCUGUCAAGCCUACACAAGAGACUUCAUUCCAGUGGACAAGUCUCACAUCCCCACUAAGGAAACCGCGCUACAGUGGCCUCACCUGAAGCAACUAGCAAACAAGCUACAGCCAUUACAAGACUGUGAAGUGGGACUGUUAAUCGGUUAUGACUGUCCAUCAGCACUGGCUCCUUUAGAGGUCAUCACUGGCUCUGAAAAUGAACCCUUUGCUCAAAGAACUGUGCUUGGUUGGAGCAUUAUAGGGUCAGUAAAUCCAUAUCUUGAUCGACAAGGGAGCCAAAGCUUCGUUCACAGAGUUACAGUAAAGGAAAUGCCUUUGCCGCCAGUCACUGAUGUGUUAAGGGCCUUAGAAAGGGACUUUAAUGAGAGAAAUUAUGAAGACAAGUAUGUGUCCCAAGACGACGUUCACUUUGUACAGUUUCUCUCAGAAACCAUUAUGAAAAGGCCAGAUGGACACUACGAAAUGCCACUACCUUUCAAAGACAACAAUCCACCUGCACUACCAAAUAAUAAGAAGCUGGCCAGCAUUCGUCUUCAACACCUCAAGAAAAAAUUAAAAGCCAACAAAGAGUAUCACGAACAUUAUACAACAUUCAUGGAGGAAACGAUCAGGAGAGGCGAUGCAGAGCCGGUCCCUCCAUCAUCAGAACAAGAAACUGUUUGGUACAUCCCACACCAUGGGGUGUACCACCCCAACAAACCUACCAAGCUGAGGGUUGUCUUUGAUUGUUCUGCUAAGUUCCAUGGCAUCUCCCUUAAUGACACCUUACUGACUGGCCCUGACCUAAUAAAUUCCCUAGUAGGAGUCCUCUGUCGCUUUAGAAAGGAAGCAGUUGCCGUGAUAUGCGACAUCGAAAAGAUGUUCCAUCAGUUCUACAUCCCACCAGUAAUGCGCGACUACUUAAGGUUUCUGUGGUGGGAGAACGGGCAGUUGGACACGGAGCCAAAGGAGUAUAGAAUGGCAGUUCACCUCUUCGGCGCCAGCUCUUCUCCAGGAUGUGCCAACUUUGGCCUCAAGUAUCUUGCGCGGCAACACAGGGAAGAAUAUCCCUCAGCGUCCUCCUUCAUUGAGAACAACUUCUACGUGGACGAUGGCUUAAUAAGCUUAUCAACAGUUAAGGAUGCUACAGAUCUGGUCGUUGAAGCACAGGAGCUGUGCAAAACUGCUGGCCUACGCCUGCAUAAAUUCAACUCCAACAAAGGGGAAGUUCUGUCUUGCAUUGCGCCUUCGGAAAGAGCAGUAACUAGGGAACCCCUUAAACUCCACCCAGAUUCCUCACCAGAUGGACAAGUAAUUGGCAUCCAGUGGUCAGUCGAAAACGACACCUUUAGUUUCAGCGUUCGCAUAAGAGAUCAGCCCCCAACUCGUCGUGGUAUCCUGUCAGUUGUAUCUUCCCUUUAUGAUCCUCUAGGCUUUGUGGCCCCCUUUGUGCUGAGUGGCAAGAGCAUCCUCCAGGAACUUUGUCGAAGGGGCAUCGGUUGGGAUGAUGCACUUCCCGAGAGCUUAAGCCCACAGUGGGAGAUUUGGAAGAGCGGCCUUCCAACAUUGAAGGAAAUCAAGAUACCCAGAUGUUAUCAUCCUCCAAACUUUGGUAACAUAGUGAGGGUGGAGCUGCACCACUUUUCCGACGCUAGUAACAGAGGUUAUGGUGCAUGUUCUUAUCUUAAGUACAAAAAUGAAAGAGGUGAGGUCCACUGCUGCCUGGUCAUGGCCAAAGCGAGAGUUGCACCAACAAAGCUCAUGAGUAUUCCAAGGUUGGAGCUAUCAGCAGCAGUUACUGCAGCCAAGUUGAGCGUAAUGUUAAAGGCAGAACUGGAGAUGCGAAUCGACGGCGAAUUCUUCUGGACAGACUCCCAAGUAGUUCUGGCCUACAUUAGCAACGAGGCUAGGAGAUUUCAUGUAUUUGUGGCUAACCGCGUUCAGCUCAUAAGGGAGACGACAGAUCCAGCGCAAUGGCAUUAUGUCGAUACAGCUCAAAACCCAGCUGACCAUGCCUCCAGGGGUCUCCAGGCGACAGACAUCUCCUCCUCAAGUUGGUUAUCAGGGCCCAGCUUUCUAUGGGAAUCUGAAGUGCCAUCGUUCCCAAGCUCUUCAACAGAACUGCUUGUAGGUGACCCUGAAGUUAGACCCCUGGCAACUCAUGCAACACAAGUCAGUGACCAAGGUGAUGUUUUGAGCCAUCUGAACCGGUUCUCCAGCUGGUCCUUGCUUGUCAGAGUGAUUGCAAGAAUCAAGAGACUAGGGUCAAACACACAUUUCAGCAGUGACCUUGUUACUGCGGAGGAACGUAAGAGAGCUGCAGAGAUUGUGACUGGUUUAGUACAACAUCAAGCUUUCCCUCAUGAGUUAAAGCUUCUUCAGAAGGGAGACACACUUCCAAGUUCCAGCCCCCUUAGUCACCUGGACCCCAUUCUGGUUCAGGGACUUAUACGUGUUGGUGGAAGACUGUCAAGGUCUACUCUUAGCCAAGAAAUUAAGCAUCCGGUCGUCCUGCCAAAAGAUGGUCAUAUCAUUCAGUUAAUCCUGUCUCACUACCAUGCAGCCACCUGUCACCAAGGCCGCAACCAGACUCUAAAUGAACUCCGAGCAAAUGGUUUUUGGGUGCUUGGUGGGAGUAAAGCAGUGGCCAGGUUGAUACAUAAAUGUGUGCUGUGUCGAAAGCUGAGGCGUCCCACAGAGGAACAACGCAUGUCAGAACUCCCUGAAGAGCGUGUAGAAGCCUCAGCUCCGUUUUUGCACUGCGGUAUGGACUGCUUUGGUCCAUUUGUCACCAAGCAGGGACGCAAAGAGCACAAGAGAUAUGGGCUCAUCUUCACAUGCCUGUAUUUGCGUGCAGUUCAUAUUGAAAUGCUCGAAGAUUUAUCCACAGACGCCUUCAUUAAUGGUUUGAGGUGCUUCAUCAGCUUACGGGGAGCUGUUUGCCGACUGCGUUGCGACCAGGGCACAAAUUUCACAGGAGCUAAAAAUGAACUAAAAGAAGCUCUAAAGCAAUGUAACACCAAGGCUCUGGAAGCAUUCCUUGCUAAUAAGCAGUGUGAACUUACCUUCAACGCGCCCUCUGCAAGUCAUGCCGGCGGGGUCUGGGAGCGCCAAAUUAGGACUAUUCGUAAUGUCUUGAAUGCCACAACCGCCCAGUGCUCAAGCAGGUUGGAUGAUGCAUCCCUUAGAACGCUGUUUUACGAAGCUAUGGCCAUUGUUAACAGUCGCCCCUUAACCGUUGAUGGAAUCAACGAUCCUAAGGCGCCUGAACCUCUGACGCCAAACCAUCUCAUCCUCAUGAAAUCCAAGGUUGCACUUCCACCACCUGGGAAGUUUGUGAAGGAAGAUAUGUAUGGAGCAAAAAGGUGGCGUAGGGUCCAGUAUUUGGCAGAGCAGUUCUGGAGCCGGUGGAAAAGGGAAUAUCUCAUGAGUCUCUCAAUGAGACAGAAAUGGCACACCCCCCGCCGCAACCUAAAAGUAAACGACAUAGUCAUCAUCAAAGAGGAAGUGCUCCCAAGAGGCCAGUGGCAGCUUGGUCGUGUGGUCGACACCACAGAAGGAAAAGAUGGCUUUGUUCGUCGGGUUAAGGUGCAAGUGGGAGACCGGAAGCAUACGAAGAAAAGAGACCACGCAUCAAGGCCCUCAAUUAUUGAGCGUCCCAUCCAAAAGUUAGUGGUCCUUAUAGAGAGUAAAUAACCAUCAGUUCUAUCAUCAGACCGAUAUGAACACCGUAGACAGUUAUAAGAUGUUUAUGAUUGUUUUGCCAAACUUAUCUUAUGGCGGUCCUGUUAUGUUCUAAGAAAUCCCAUAUGACCUUUCAGUUUUAGUCAUAAUAUGAUUUGGUGGGAGUGUAAGUGACCGCUAGCUCCCUUAUUGUUUAUUUGACGCUGACG